AUGAAGUGUUGCUGCCCUGGGGCGGCUUGGGUGACCUUGGCAGCGCUGUGGCUGGCGGCCAGCGAAUCGCAGCCCCCAGGGUGGCGGGACCGCGCCGUGCCGCAAAGGCAGGGGGUCCUUGUGCAGCCACUCCUCCGCCUGCGGAGACAUGCCAGCAGAGUCCCCGCCCGGUGCCCCGCUGGCAUGAACUGGAUCGAGGCUGCUCACCAGUGCUGCCGUCAGUGUCCCGCAGGGACAUUCCUGUCCAAGCCCUGCACAAGCCCUGAGAAUGGCAGCGAGUGCCUCGCCUGUCCCGCCGGUACCUUCCGCACCCAGCCCAACACCCUGAGGAAGUGCCAGGCUUGCUACCAGUGUGACAGAGAAGCUUUCCAGAGUGUGCUGAGCAACUGCUCGGCCACCAGCAACGUCGCCUGUGGCUGUGAGCCCGGCCACUUCCGUGUCUGCCUUGACGAGCAUUGCAGGGACUUCUCUUGCCGAAAAUGCCGGACCUGCACUGGGCGCCUCAUCCAGCGACCUUGCUCGGAGGCGCAGGACACACUUUGUGACAGCAGCUGCAAGCCUGAUUUCUACAGAGACGGUAACGAGUGCCGGCCAUGCCACACGACCACACUGGACACGUGUGGCAAAGAGUGCCAGCAAGCAUGCGGCAGCAACAAUGACCAAGGCUCAGGUCUGGAGUACAUCCUGCUGGGACUCACUGGGCCUCUCUUCCUGGGUGCCCUUGCCAUCUACCACAAGAGGAAGAGGCUCUGGCAUGGUGCCCUGGCAGGUAGUCCCCUCCCCACGGCACAGGCCACCACCACAAUGGCUGGGGCUGCAGCCACACCAUGGUGCCAGUUCAGUGCCCGGAGGUGGGACAACCUGUGCUGGACCCAGCCAUGCUCCCCACAGGGGACAGAGCGUGCCACUGGCACAGCAAAGCAGAGCCUCAACCACCAGGCCUUGCUGUGUGAGCCACCCAGCGACAAAGGGGAGUCCUCUGCACCCCCAGAGCCCCGCAGUGCCCUGCUUCAGGGCAGCCAGCUCUAUGCCGUCAUCGAUGUAGUGCCAGUACGGCGCUGGAAGGAGUUCAUGCGGAUGCUGGAACUGCGGGAGGCAGAGAUUGAGCUGGUAGAGCUGGAGGUGGCGCACAUCCGCGACCAGCAGUACGAGAUGCUGAAGCGCUGGUGCCAGCAGACUAGUGCCACACUGGACCACGUCUUUGCUGCCCUGGAGCGCAUGGAGCUGGCCGGCUGUGCUGAGGCACUGCGCCAGAGUCUGCCUGUGGGACCCUGAUCUCCAGCGUCAGCACCCUGGCACAGGGAGGUCCCAAAACUUCCACAUCUCACUGGGCACCUCAUCCCAGCCAUACCCCUAAGUAUUGUUACUUAUACCGUGUAGACAUUUUAUGUCAGUUUUAUGUCCCCUUCCCACCUGUCCCCUCUAUUUAUGUCCCCCUGCUCCCAGAGCCGGGGAGGACCCCAUGCCUCAGCACGUCGGCUGCCAAGCCACUCGCGGGACGAGCAGGC